AAAGAAACAAAGUAAUGUCGACAAAAUACGGACAAGAAAAACACAUCGAGACGGGAGAGUUUCGUCCGUCUUCCUCUUAUUUCUUAUUUAUCAUCCAUUUUCUUAAUUUCCGGAGCUCGGGGGUGAUCACAGGAAGAUGACAGCUGUGAUAGAGACGGGAGGAGGAGGAGGAAUGGAGGAAAGUCUCUCCCUUACCUCCAAAGACGCUGUGAUUUCCUCCAAUGCUGCCUUGAAUAGCACCACCACCACCAAGCCUGACAUAGAAAGCCCUGAUUCAGCGAUAGGGGAAACACCACCCCCCUCCACCCCUGACCAGCCAUCCCCUACCACCACCACCUCUGCCACCACCACCACCACCACCACCACCACCAGUGAUGAGGGAGGUGGAAAACUGAAGGAUAAAGAAGGUUCGGAGGAAGCGGAGGCAACGGAGCGAACUUCUUCCGACGAGGAGGGAUAUGAGGAGGAUGACGAGGGGGGGGAGGAGGAGGAGGAGGAGGUGGAGCUGGAGGAGGAGGAGGAGCUGGUAGUGAGAGGUUCAAUGCAGUUCCCCCUAAAAAAUAAAGGCCUUCCCCAGGUGAGCCCCCCCUCCUCACCUGACCAGGAAGGGGGGGAGGGGGUGGUGGGUCAGAGGGGGAGUGAGGGGGUGGAGGUGAGCAUCAAGCAGGUGGGACUCACGGCCAUCUUGUCUGAAGCGACACCUUCAGGCUGUGAGAGCGACAUAGAGGACAACGACCAAGAAGAAGAGGAAGAAGAGGAGGAGGAAGACAAACCACAGGAGAGAAAACAGACAGACAGACAGCUAGACCACCACCACCACCACAACCUCCACCACCACCACCACCACCACGACCUCCCGGACACAGUGACCCGUCUGAACACUUCGGAGGGUAGUGCCGUCUACCUGGUCGGCACUGCGCAUUUCUCAAGGGAAAGCCAGGAGGAUGUGGCCAGUACUAUCCGUGCUGUGAGGCCAGACGUGGUGGUGGUGGAGCUGUGCAAGGCCAGAACAGCAAUACUGCAGCUGGAUGAGGAGACAAUAUUGCAGGAAUCACGCAGCCUUGACUUCAAGAAGGUCCAGAUGAUAGUGAGGCAGCAUGGCAAGGUCCAGGGCAUUCUGUACCUCCUCCUCCUGUCAGUCUCGGCCCACAUCACCAAGCAGCUCGGCAUGGCACCAGGAGGGGAGUUCAGGACCGCAUUUGCUGAGGCAAGGAGGUCGGCCCCUGGGUGUCUCAUACAGCUGGGAGAUAGGCCUAUACAGAUUACUCUCUCUCGUGCCCUGGCCUCCCUCUCUCUGUGGCAUAAGAUUAAGUUGACGUGGCAUAUUCUUACUUCUAAAGAGCCUAUCAGCAAGGAGGAGGUGGAGAAAUGCAAACAGAGGGACUUUAUUCUGGAGAUGCUGGCGGAAAUGACUGGACAAUUUCCUGCGAUCAGUGAGGUCUUUGUCAAGGAGAGGGAUGUGUACCUCUGCCGUUCCCUCCAGCUUGCCGCCCAGCCUCUCCCAGGCAAGGGUGCGCGGGUGGUGGUGGGUGUGGUGGGCAUAGGACAUGUACCAGGCAUCACUGAACACUGGGGCAAGGUGACGGAAGCGGAUAUUGCCCCUAUUAUGAGGAUUCCACCACCAACUCUGUCAAACCACAUAAUAAAACUUGGAUUAAAGGUAAGUUUGUACAGUCUGGCUGGUUACGGCCUCUUCCGCUGUCUUCCACGCUCCGCCCAGGCCUCCAUUCACUCCACCAUCCACUCAGCCGUCCACUCAGCCAUCCGGACAGCCACUCACUCUCUCCACACGGCCACACACACCACCACUGCUGCUCUAAACGGAUUUUUGACGAGGAAAUAAUUAGAAAAAGGCUUUGAGUGUGUUUUUGUAAGAUACGAGAGGGAGAAACAUGGAGGAGGAGGAGGAGGAGGAAGAGAGGAAGAAGAGGAGGAAGA